CUGGCUCCGAACUCUGGGACCGAGUGGUGGGUGGAGGCGGAGAAGGGGCCCCGAGGGCCUGAGGAGGUGGUUCGGCUUCUGGUCGGGAAAAGCGGAAGAGUUUCGGGGGCAGCGGAUUCCCGGCGACCUCUGGUGGCAGUCGGGCCUAGUCGAGCCGGCCGCCGCAGGACCCAAAUGCGGGAGCUUCAUGUUCCCCGGUGGGAGAUGGGAUUGGGGGCUGUGAUCGGGGCUGCUCCCUGACCGCGUCCGUAUGGUUGAGGUCCAGACGCUGCUCACUUCCAGCCGGGAAAAUCCAGCUCCACCCCCAGGUGGUUUGAACUUUGAGCCUCUUAUAAUCCUGAUGAACAGUUUCGCUUUUCUCAAGUUUAAGACGCUUGGAACUUCAAGAAUUGGAGAGAGUAAAAUGGCUUCCAGAGGAAAGACAGAGACAAGCAAAUUAAAGCAGAACUUAGAAGAACAGUUGGAUAGACUAAUGCAGCAACUACAGGACCUGGAGGAAUGCAGAGAGGAACUUGAUACAGAUGAAUAUGAAGAAACCAAAAAAGAAACUCUGGAGCAACUAAGUGAAUUUAAUGAUUCACUAAAGAAAAUUAUGUCUGGAAAUAUGACUUUGGUUGAUGAACUAAGUGGGAUGCAACUGGCUAUCCAGGCAGCUAUCAGCCAGGCCUUUAAAACCCCAGAGGUCAUCAGAUUGUUUGCAAAGAAACAACCAGGUCAGCUUCGGACAAGGUUAGCAGAGAUGGAUAGAGAUCUCAUGGUAGGAAAGCUGGAAAGAGACCUGUAUACUCAGCAGAAAGUGGAGAUACUAACAGCUCUCAGGAAACUUGGAGAGAAGCUGACUGCAGAUGAUGAGGCCUUCUUGUCAGCAAACGCAGGUGCUAUACUCAGCCAGUUUGAGAAAGUCUCUACAGACCUUGGCUCUGGCGACAAAGUUCUUGCUUUGGCAAGUUUUGAGGUUGAAAAAACAAAAAAAUGACAUGGUGUGAAAACUUGGGACAUUGGUCGCAUUCUUGUUGUACAUGGCAUUUUUCUUCCGGGGAUUUUGAGUCAUGGCAAAGAAGUCAAGAGAUUCAUGAAAUGUAUUAAUAACCUAA